ACACAAAAAGAGUGAGUGAACAGCGGUGGUGGGGCGAAAAGAAUUUGUGUGCACACUCGAAAAGUGCAAUGGCGUAUCUGUUCGAGUAAACAAACAAAUGCGAAUUCAAUUGAGCAUUUCUUAAAUACGCGGAUGAGAGAAGAGACAUGGAUAAGGGACCACCGAAACCUCGGCGAACUCGUCAAAAAGUGAAUGCCCUACACUAUGAGUCCUUGCCCACGGCACCGCCGGCCAUGUCCGGACGGGCCGAUGAGAAUAUCUUCCAAUUUCCGGCUGUGGCAUCGCGGGCUCGCAAUCUGUCCGCGUCGCCAAAUUAUAAACUCAGCGAUGAAAAGGAUCUGCCGGCGUGUGCACAUGGAAAACAUAGUUGCUUCUUCUGUCAGCCUUAUCGAGCAGAUAGAGGAACAAUUGAGCCGCUUAAGAUACGUCUAAACUCAGCCAUCGAGGCCAUGGAUGAACUAAAUCACACCUAUGCUUUACUUGAAGGAUUUCUAGAGAAAAAAUUGGCUACAAUUAUCGACACCGAAAAGGAAGAUCCCAUUAGGCUAGAUGGCAAGGAUGUGACGAUGGUCGUGAAGGAGGAGGAGGAACAUUCUGAUGCCACAAUUAGUCAGCCAGCUGUACCCUCAUCUGAUACAGAAUUCGAACUGGAGCACUCACUAACCUGGCUGGAGUCUUUAUUGGGCACGGAAAUUGUUCCUGCAUUCAAGCAGGGAAAGUUUAAGCGUAUACGUGAGCGCAGUAAAUCGAUGAUGGAAGACGAGAUAAAUAUGUAUAUAAAGAAUGAACGUCCAUUGAAGACUUCUCUAUCCAGACCCUAUCUGUUGCGACGUCAGAGCACAUAUAGCGACAACAAAUCCAAGGUGUCCAAAUGGACCAAAGUUAAAGCAGCAUUUAAAUGGGAAAGAGCCAAUGUACCACCUUCUGGAAGCGCACAAGAAUCAAAUGUCCUCCUACCAGUCAACAAUGAGGUAGAAAGAUAUCUAAAAGUACCCGUAAGUGUUGCUGGUGGAAGCAGUUCAGCGGACAGCAUUAUAAGUUCCUCAUCGGGACACUUUAUGAGCGAUACUGGCGGCACUCCGGGCACCAUAUCUUCGGCCAGCUCCAUGGAUGAACUAGAUGCCACCUGUCGCCAUAAUAUGCGACGCGAUUCUUCAAAGAGCGACACUCGUUGCGAUUCACGGGCGUCCAAUUUUGAGGUGGAGUUGCGUAAGUCAGUCAUAGAUGAACGUUUGGAUAGCAUGAAGUCGGCUCUGCCUAUUAAGUCAUCGUCAAAUAAGUCACUGCGUCGUUCCAAGGCGUUCUCCGACUUUGAAGUGUUGCCGGAGGAUCACGUAGCCGAGAUUAAAUCGACUAGCACUCGACGUCAAAAGUUACCGCCAAGUCCGCUGAAUCUUAGCCAGGUAUGCAGUGAUUUGCCCCAACUUCAUUCACCCCUCAAGAGUCCCAAAGAUCAGAGUUUACCACGCAUGCGACGCGUUAAUUCACCGGGCAAUUCCUCAGUACCCAGUAGUCCUUCUAGACAUUCGGAUUUCUUUGGAGAAUUCGUUUCCUUUACAGAGAGCGAGGAUCUUUCCAGUGGUGACUUUUCGGAACCCACAACCCCAAAUCGUAAGAAUGAACAUGAUGAGAUAUUUCAACGUUAUCAACUUCUCGUACUCAAACUAGAUAUGGAGUUUAAGCACAAGCAAUGCGGAUUUGAACGUUCAAAUACCACAAAUCGCAGUGUGAAGUUUGGCAGUGGCAGUGGCGGAAGUGGCAGUGGGAAACGCAGCAGUGAAGAGCAUUCUCCCACACAAUUGUUGCACAAUGAACUCAUGUCCACCGAACAGUUGGAACAGAAUCUAACGCCGCAGUUCAAAAAGAAGCUUCACAAGUGGCGGGCCAAGCAGCAAAGCUGUUACAAUGCCUAUGCCUCUUCUGACACUGCCACCAGUCCCACUGCUAAGAACCAAUCUAGUGGUGGUAGUGGUGCUACCGAUGUUAAGCCCAAGAUCGAUUGGAAUCUAUGGAGCUUGGGUCAACUAAAACUGGAGGGUCAGGGUUUGUGUGCUUUGCCAGAUCAAAAGGAUCUACCGGAAAAGUUCCAAAAAAAGAUGGAGCAAUGGAAUCGCUUAAAGUGUUCGCCCGGCACAAAUUCCGACAAUGAUUCACUUAAACGUGGCUCUAAGCACAGCCAAUCCACACGCCGGGGCUCUGAUGAUGAUCGUUGGUACAAGCACAAGCCUCACGACAAGGAGAAACUGUCACGCCUGAAGGCCAUUGUGGCACCCGAUCAUACCUCCAAGAAAAUUGAAGUAAAAACCUCAGCCGGUGAGGUCAUGAAAUUCGAAGGCAUUUCCAGGAAAUUCACGCGUAAACUUUACGAAUGGGAGAAGGCCAGGGGCAUAGGACCAGAGGCUUCCACUUUUGCCCUACUUCAUCCCGGCUAUUGUCCCAUCGAUGUCAGACGUAUUAAUAAAGAGUGUAACAAAGCCACUGCAGAAGAUUCACCAGCCUUAAGUCGAUCACUUUCACUGGACAGCGUGUCUCCUAGCGUCAACGUCAUCUCACAACAGGCGUCAUCGUUAUCCUUGAACCAUGUCAACGAUUUGAAGGAAAUCAAGGAUAGCACUGAUGCCCUAACGGAUCAUGAGUUUAAGAAAUACGAUGAACCCGAAGCGGUUAUGGUGGAAGUGGAAGAACAUAUACACGACACAGCCUCGCCCCUGGUCACCGCCCAUACAUUGGUGGAGCAACAGACACCAAUAUACAAGUACGAGGAAGUGCAAUGCAACGAUUACGUCAAUUCUCGACGCGUGCAAAGCUUUGAAUCCCACACGAAUUUGGCUCCAUUGCUUGGGGCCCUCAAACGUGCCGAUGAGCUUUUUGAAAAGCUGAAAAAUGCAUCGCCAGAUUUGGUAGAGCAUGCUGUUAUGCGGGAUUGCCAGUCGACAUUGCUUAGCAUACGUAAUAUUUAUCCAUACUACUCCAACAAUCUGAUGAAGGCGAACGUGCUCAAUGCCGUCUCUGAUGUCCAAAGUGAACUGGGACGUCUGUGCGAGCUGAGUCAAAAGUCACCGCUGGAUGAGGCAUGCUGUCAGGAAACUAUGCAAGAACGUACGAUGGAGUACCUUGAAGAGAUUCAGGGUAUGCUGGAAUCCUUGCAGUGUCUCAAACUAAGUAUACAGGGCGGUUCGAAUCGUUAUCCCCGAGACAUUGUUCCGGACAUUAACAUUACGGCUGAUGAUGGCCAGCAGAUCGAAUCCACAUGCGAUAAUUCCAGUCGUGAUCAGCUGGCGGUAGAGGAUCAAAGCGGAGCCUCACACAUGGAACAUGAGACGGAAACCAGUACCACCACGGGAACACUAUGUCGAUCCAGUGUGGGAGCAGCCGGCAAUUCGCAUGUCAAUGCUGCCAAGAAGAAACUUUUGCGUCUGCGUAAAAUGGGAUCGAGGCAGAAUAGCAAAACUGAAAGCGAUAGCAGCGAUGCAGAGACCCACAGUGUUCUGGAGACUCCACGUCGUCUACGACGCAAGAAUUUCCGCCUCAAACAACGAUCUCUGGAUGAUGAUUUCCGUUUGGGGUCAUGCCCACCCAUUGUCCAGCCGGCAUCGAAUGAGAAAGAAACAACUCCAGCCCCAUUGGAAGUCAUUCAUGGCUCUUUGAAAGUUAAGCCCGGCGAGCUUAUUGAGCAAAGUCAAUCUAUAGCACCGGUUGCAGUUCCUCCCAGCAAAUUGGGCGGGUUUGUUCCGCCGCCUCUUCCGGAAUCACACACCCGAAAUUACAAUACCAAUGCAAAUGUUUUUGUAAAAACCAAACGCAAACUAUUCACAACUAUUGCAGAGCCCAAUGCAUUAGAGGGCAUUGCGGUCAUUGAAAAGGAACUCGAGAGUCCGACCAUUAGUGUCCAGGACAAUGAGAAACCGAUGAUGGAGGUGGUGAACGUGAAGUCAAAGUCUGUGCCACGGCCUCUAAAUUUAUACAAAUCGAUUAGCCUGGAUCGUUUGACCCCACGGCAUUUCAGGGAUGAUCCCCGCAAGUGUCAGAGUAGUGAGAAUCUCUAUCGUCGAUCCAUAUCGGUGCCUCUUCCCUUGGCAAGUGACAGUAUGCAACGUCUGCUGCAGUCAAAGCGCUCGCUGCGCUCCACACAACAACCGAAUUGCCCAGAAGUUCCUCCCCGAAGAGUUCAUUUAUAUAAGAAGCAUUCGCUGCACAAAUCCCAUAGUGCCACUGUGAGCAACAAUAUCGAGCAUAAGAUAGCGAAAACAAGUUCUGGAUCGAUGGUAGCCAAGACUCCGAUGCCACUUCCCGAACCGUUGGUGUUGCCAAACAAACUGGACAAUACUCUGCCUCGCAUUCAACGUAAACUAGAGGGAAAGACCACUUCGCUGACACCAACCAAGCCAAAGCAAUUUGAGUUUCCUCCUUCUAUUGUGUCCCCUACUGAUCAUCGACCGGCAACGCCUUUAUCCGAGCGAGCACAACGCUUGCAGCAGGCCAAGACACAGUUCCUACAGAGUGCUCCGGUAACCCCUAGACAGGAGCCGACUACACCAACAACGAUUCACGACCCGGCUCCAAUUCAUAAGAGCAUCAGUGCCGGAAGCAUUCGGGGUGGAGAACAUCAGCAGCCACAGCAGCAGCAAGAAGUCACAACAGAUCAGGAGAGUGUGGGCAGUUUGCCGCGUGUUGUUACCCGAAGUGGAAAGAUUUCAAGCAAACUGGGAUUUGCCACACUUGCCUCCAAAUUGCGUCGUGGUGGCAGGAAACCCAAAGAGCCCCCUGCGACAGCCAUGCACAUUGGCAGUGCCUUGUCGGCGCUUUGUCGGCAAACACUAAUGGCCGAUGUCAUUGCCUUGCCACAGGUUUUGGGUGGGGAGAGACCACCACCACCCCCUCCAGCCAGUCCACGGACGCCCAGUGGCGGACGAAAUGUACACAAAUCACAGAGUACACCGCAGGCAGCUUCUCCCCACUCACCCAUUAACUACGAUGGACUGAACAAGUCAUUGAGCGAACAAUAUGUACGCCAACUCAAGGAGAGCGACGUCUAGUCAAUAUUAAAUGUCCAAAUGUCCAGAAUCUAGUCAUAAUACUAUAUAAUAUUUAGAAUGUAAAUCCUGCGGCGGGAGAGUAAUUAAGUUACCUGAUCCGUCUGUUUGUCAGUCGUUAACCCAAAACUGUAUUUAUUACACACUCGAUGUCCACUCACACCCAAAAAACCCCUAUUGAAGGGGUCAAUAUGAAUUGUUUUUAUAAACUAUCACCUACUA